AUGUCGUCGGGCAAGGAUUUCAUGGCGUCGGCGAUUGUCGAGGCGUGCCGCGGUGUCGAGGCCGGCGACGGCGGACCAUUCGGCGCUGUCAUCGUCAACAAGAACAAUGAGGUGGUGGCGACCGGUCAUAAUAUGGUGCUCGCCACCAACGAUCCGACCAUGCACGCCGAGAUGACCGCAAUUCGAAACGCCUGCAAGAAGCUUGGCACUUUUGAUCUCAACGGUCACACGCUCUACACGUCGUGCUAUCCGUGCCCAAUGUGCAUGGGCGCGUGCCUCUGGGCGAGAUUAGACGCCAUCUACUAUGGUGCAACAGCUGAGCAGGCGGCCGAGAUCGGAUUCGACGACAAGGCGUUUCACGACUUUCUCAAAAAUCCCAAAUCCGGCGCGAUUCGAAAACUUGAACAUCUUCCCGCCGACAAUUACCUGCUGCCGUUCCAAAUGUGGUCGAACAAGCCCGACAAAACCGCCUACUAA